UAGGGGUUCAAACAGAGAUUUUUGAGACCCACACGAGGACUCGGACAUUUUCUCUGAAUGCAUUGCGACUGGACAGAUGGCUGCCCAAGUGACUCAAGAGACCCACAUAUGCAAGUAUCUUUUCCAUUUAUAAGGAUUUAAAAUUACAAUAACCUUUGUAUUGUCUGAGUUCAGCAUAAAUUAUUUCAAAACAAUCAUUAAAAAAUCGUUACAGAUGCUGAUGUCUCAGUAGCUAGCUAGCUAACAUAUUGUUAUUUCUGAUUCCUGUAUGUUAUUCCUACAUAUUCACAUAUUAACAUUAAACAUGAGGUCAUAUAUAAAUGGACCCAAGUGGUUUCAUCUUUGAUCCAAAUGUUAUUGUAAGAUUCAAAGAUCAGCUACAAUCCCAUUGAGUGUCAAUUCUUUCAACAAUGCUAUGUAGCCUGGAAUGUUAUCAAUUAUGUAUCUUUCCAUAUGGUAAUGUGAUCGUCGCUGAUGAUAAAACGUUGAGCCGACACCAUCUCGGAGCAUCUUCCCCAGCAGCCAGUUCUCCACCAGUCUCUGUACCUGUCUUUCUCUUUGUACCUGUCUGUCUGUGUCUCUGUACCUGUCUAUGUCUGUACCUGUCUGUCUGUGUCUCUGUACCUGUCUUUCUCUUUGUACCUACCUGUCUGUGUCUCUGUACCUGUCUUUCUCUUUGUACCUACCUGUCUGAGUCUCUGUACCUGUCUAUCUGUACCUACCUGUCUGUGUCUCUGUACCUGUCUUUCUCUUUCUCUUUGUACCUGUCUGUCUGUGUCUCUGUACCUGUCUGUCUGUACCUACCUGUCUGUGUCUCUGUACCUGUCUGUGUCUCUGUACCUGUCUCUCUGUACCUACCUGUCUGUGUCUCUGUACCUGUCUGUCUGUACCUACCUGUCUGUGUCUCUGUACCUGUCUGUGUCUGUACCUACCUGUCUGUGUCUCUGUACCUGUCUGUGUCUGUACCUACCUGUCUGUGUCUCUGUACCUGUCUGUGUCUCUGUACCUGUCUGUCUCUGUACAUGUCUGUCUCUGUACCUACCUGUCUGUGUCUCUGUACCUGUUUGUGUCUCUGUACCUGUCUGUCUGUACCUACCUGUCUGUGUCUCUGUACCUGUCUGUCUGUACCUGUCUGUCUGUACCUACCUGUCUGUGUCUCUGUACCUGUCUGUCUGUACCUACCUGUCUGUGUCUCUGUACCUGUCUGUCUGUACCUACCUGUCUGUGUCUCUGUACCUGUCUGUGUCUCUGUACCUGUCUCUCUGUACCUGUCUGUCUGUACCUACCUGUCUGUGUCUCUGUACCUGUCUGUCUGUGUCUCUGUACCUGUCUCUCUGUACCUGUCUGUCUGUACCUACCUGUCUGUGUCUCUGUACCUGUCUGUCUGUACCUACCUGUCUGUGUCUCUGUACCUGUCUCAGGUGACUUUUCCUGUGAGGAUCUUCAAGUUAAUGGGGGUGGAGUCAGUGUUGGUGACGAACGCAUCAGGUGGAAUCUGUCCAGACUUUAAAGUUGGUGACAUCAUGAUCAUCAAAGACCACAUCAACCUGCCGGGAUUCGCUGGACAACAUCCGCUGUGUGGACCGAACGAUGAGCGUUUUGGGAUCAGGUUUCCGUGCAUGUCGGACGCGUACAGUAAGGAUCUGAGGCGUCUGGCGUUGGACGUGAGCUCUGAGCUCGGCUGCCGGGACUUCAUCAGAGAGGGAGUUUACUGCAUGGUGAGCGGACCCAACUUUGAAACCAUCGCAGAGGCCAGGAUGCUGCUGGUCCUGGGCUGUGACUCUGUGGGAAUGAGUACAGUUCCCGAAGUGACCGUAGCUAAACACUGUGGACUCAGAGUUCUUGGUCUGUCGCUUAUCACCAACAAGGUGUCUCUGGACUACAGUCGGGAGGAGAAGGUGAACCACGACGAGGUUCUUGAGAUCAGUAAAAUGAGGGCGGAGCUUCUUCAGAAACUCGUCUUCACACUGAUCUGUCGUUUCCAGCAGCAAAGCAUCAACACGCACUGAAAGACGCGUCAUAACAGUCACCCAUUGGUUAAUCACCACUUCAGUCAUCCACCUCACAACCAAUCAGGGACUCUGCUAAGAUUACCCCAGGGCCUAACCCUAACAUCACACAAUCUAUCUCCAUCUAUUAAUCAAACUCGUCAUUCUAUAGUAGAAUCAAAAUUAGAUUUGAUCACAUCUAUAUUUGGUAGAAUGUUGAUGCCCUAAUAUGUAAACUGAUUAUCAACAUUAAACUGAAAGACAGAU